CUCCUACUUUAACUCUUUCAUCAUCUUAGUUUGCUCUUACAGAUUCGGGGCUCUCGCUCUGCAAUUUUUCAUUUGACUCGCUCGAUAGUUGGAUAUCGCGACAAUGAACAAUGGUGGUCAAUCCAACUCAAGUGACUAUCGUGCGAUGGCUCCGUUUGUCAACCCCUUCAAUAGCCAAGAGUACGCGUCACGCAAGGCCAAGAUCGAGGAGGCUAAGCGAAAGCUCAUCGAAAUGGAACUACAAAAUGAACUAGAGGAGAUUGCAAGACAAGGGCGGGAGGCUGAGUGAGUGCUUUGUUGUUGAACAGCGUUGUAGCUAAUGCGCCAAAAGGCAGAGACUGGCAGAGAUGAAAGCGUCCAUGGCAGCGCAAGUGCCUAUCCCAGCAGGGUUUCCAUCAGCAAGUGGCUCUAGCCACUAUCCUAAUGCAGUUUAUCACUUUGCGGAAGAAGUACCUUUGACAGCCAGAAUCGAAGGAGAAAUACGCGACACAUCUCCAAAUUCAUCUAGGCCGCAAAUGCCAUAUAGCUACCAACAUAACUACCCGACCACCAAUCAGUCACAGCAAGCAGGAUUUCAGGCGCAUAGUUCAACCCAGCCACCGUCGCAGAGGCCAUCCUUUACGCAAACACAGUCACAGGGAGCGGCAAGGUCCCGAAGUUCGCAUGCGCCAUAUCCUCUUGGCCCCGCAUUUACUGUUCACGGCUAUCAACAUUCACAGCAAGCCUCGUCUACGCCUUCUCAACAGCAACGAUUUAAAUUUAAUGAGGAAUACUGGGAAAAGCAGAGCCAAAAGUAUGCGGCAGAGCUGGCUGGUGCAAGUGCGCAAACUUCACAAGCAGGCAUCAAACCGCAAGCAAGCACGUUUACUGGAACAGGGAUACCCCAGUAUGCCCCUCAAGUUCAACAUCAAGUGGCAUCCCCAGCUGCACCGGCCGUUGCGACUAUCGUCUCAUCGACUGGGCGCCCAUCUUUGUCAUCUGCUGAGCGACCGUCCACCAAUCGUCAAUCCUCGGGCAGCCUUGCUCAGUCCACCAUGACGAAACCAGAGUUCAUUCGGCGUUUCCAGUUGGCUUGCAAUCACGGCCCGCAAGCUAUUCAAAACUUUCUGAGCUCAUGCCCUGUGGCCGUGGAAUGGUGGGCCGAAGCUGCGCGCAGCCUUAAUCCAGAAAAUUUCAAAGAUGAGGGAGUUCUCAAGAUGCUUAAUGACAUGAGAAAUCUUAAGUGGACCCCCUUACCUCAAGCCAAUUCUUCUGCCUCUGCCAGUACCAACGUCCAUGUUCCUACAGGGAUUUCGGCAACAUCUGAAGCCACAAUUCAACCUUUGCCUUUGCCCUUGCCUGCGAAUCCCCCGCCCGCUCAACAAACGCCAGCAGGUCCCGGUACCAAGGAAGCUUUCGUGCGAUACUUUCAUGAACGAUUUCAGGGAACAGACAUGGACGUGACUGUCAAAUUUCUUAUGCAAAAUCUGCAUUCCGUGCCGGAGGAGUGGCGGAAGGCGCUCUUCGGCAGUCUAGCUCCAGAGUUUAAAAAGGAGCUUGGUCAUGCAUUGACUCGUGCAAAGGCUUUAGCAGCUAGCAAAACUUUACCUGUGACCAGUACCACGACGCCGAAUACCUCCUCCGACCGUGUGCCAACCGUCGCGCAGCAAAGUCGAACCACUACUGCCAGCAACGCUGUUACACCUGCAACUGUGCACACUACGUCUGAGUCGUCAAAGUCGAUUCCCGUACCCCCCAGACCGUCUGUGACUAAAAAUACACAGGCUAAGUCCACGAGUGUACAACCCCCAAGGGCGUUGACUUCAAAUCACACUGCUGCAACUACCGUCGCUGCAUUGGCUACCAAGGCGACCCCCGCACCUCACGCACAGGUAUCUGUAUCGACCACGCAGACGGCGCUUUCAGCGUCCUCAAUACAGCAAGCUACAUCUCUGACCGGGACUAGUAUACACGGACAAACGGUGGGCGGUGCUCAUAAACCAUUCAGUGUACCCCCUCCAAUGAGUAUACCAAGUGCUGAUGGCAAUGUCGCUCAAUACGCAUAUGAUCCAUAUUUGAAGAAAUACGUGCGGGCGGAUAUCCCAACGGAGCGCGCAGUGCCAUCAGAAUCGAACACGGGUAUAUACUCCCACGACUCUGUGUCCAAAACAUAUUAUAGGCAGCAGCCGCCAGCUCUCGUGCCUCAGGCCAUACCGGCGCCAAUGCAAGCUCCAGCUACUGUAUUGAUUCCGCCUUCUACUCCGCCGCGACAGAAAGAGAAUGGGGCUACCCCAGUGGUGCGUACACCGCAACAGGCCGACAGGUCACGGCUUGCAAAAGAUAUCCUAAGGUCACUAGGAAUAAAUCCGCCACCCGUGACGGCGGAAAAGGAAAAAGAUGCUUACGAGGAAGCUGGCGUAUCACCGGGAAAUCUACCAGUAGCCGCAGAGCAUCAGCAGGAGACGCCACCAUCUGAUGACUUAUCAGCAGCUGAAGCCCCACAGGAGACUAGCGUCUUACAACCUCCGGAUGCUUUGAUGGAACAAGAACAGGCUGAAAUACAAACACCGCAAAGUCCUAUCAAGGAAGUCACUGCUGAUGACAUAAUUGUGGAUGAUGAACCAAGUACUACUAUCCCCGAAAAGGACACUGCCUCCCCCGAAUUCCCACUACCUGUUGUUACACCAUGUCCAGCAUCCACAUCUUUGGAUCAGGAGGAGUUAGCGCGUGGAGUUGAUGGAAUGUCGAUAACCACUGAUGUACACCGUUCCAAGCCCAGUCGAGAAGAUGGGCCUAUCGAUAGUCCCAUAUCAUUCCCAGAUCUGGAUGAGUUUCUACCGCCUGUGCUUGAACCUGUGGGCAUCUCAUCUCCUGCCCCCAGCUUUAGGGCGCAGUCGCGCGAGCAGAGUGAAGACAAUAGGAGUGGGGCUCUUCCGCUUUUCCUGCCGUCACUAUCGGUAUCACCUGCACCCUCAGGCCACUCUGGUGUCCAACUUCCACCGGAGACAGACGAUGAGGUUUUAAUAGUAGAAUCCAUGUUACGCGGUGGUUCGCUUUCUAAGAGCCGUGUAGAUUCGUUGGAUGAGGAUCAUGCACAGACCUCACUACGAAGUGUGAAGAGGAAGAAAGGUCAACGGGUCUAUGUGUUAGUACCGCAGCCUCCUCCUGAGCUUAGGAGGGCUAUCAAGAAACGAAAGCUGGAGGAUCAAGGCAUAGUCUCUGGCUCAGAGGAAGAGGAAGAGUCCAAAUACAAUGAUUUCGAGCAAGCCCUCAUAGCGGACUGCAGAGUUCGAAUGGUUGAGAGACCCUGCCAAUGGAAUGGAUGUGAUGCUCUGAUGAACAACGGCGAGAACCUCUAUUUGCAUCUCAAGUUGCACGUGCAAGAGGCUGGGUCUCAGGGUUUUUUUACAUGCCGCUGGCAGUCAUGUCCUCGGAGACUCAAGUCGGCAGCAGCUUUGGAGAAACACCUACAGAAACAUUCGUACUUCCCUCUGCCAUGUCCUCUUGCAAGUUGUUCAGAUGUUUUCGAUAAACCAGUUGAAGCGAUGGGACAUGAAGUACGACACCAGCAACAGGAAUCAAUCAAGAAAUUGGAGAUGAAACAGCCCCCAAAACCUUUCGCGCCAAAAAUACCUCCCAUGCUAGAUCCUCCACCCAGCAGUCUACCAUCCUAUCGUGUAGAACCGAGAUACAUUCGCCAAGCUCAUAUCCCACCUCAACGCCAUGCCGUGAUCGGUCCCUGGGUUCUUCAACACAUAUUUGGCCCUGUCGAACAAAACCUGAGAAAGCAGAACGCACCUAUGCGACUCCGAUACCCGCGCCCCGACGCUCGCCCGGAGAACCUGGAUAACUUGAGGGCAAGGCCGGACGAAUAUGACUUCCUGGCAUCACUGUCAACAUCGCCAAUACGAACGAUCCGAUAUGAGGAUCUUGAUUCUGGAGAUGUGUCGCUGGCACUACUUGACGGGCUCACGCUGUGGGAUACAGAUUCAAAUAGUCGUCAAGAAAAAUCGAAUCCCAAAGAGGAGGGCUCGGAUCUGACAAAAGACAUGGUGAUCGAGGUGCCAGAGGGAGGUACAUCCAAUUCUGUACCCGUGGAAGGAUCUGGCAAUUUACCCAUGGGCGAGGCCUCAACCACGACGGACGGAAUGGAUGGUAGUCACUGGACUACGGAGGGCGCCGUGGGGGAUGAAGAGGCUGUGAUGAUGAUGUUAUGGGAUUGAUGUCGUUGUUAGUGCACACGCACGGUCCUUGAAUGAAAAGGGCCUCCACAUAUUAUUGUGACUUGAACGGAUGACAUUGCAAUUGUGGACAGUGCUAGCUGUCAUAUGUAACUAGGAUGAGGAAUUGAAAAUAAUUUUGUGGAAGUCGGCC